AGUAACAGACAACGGCUUUCGCCUCAGCCUCGGCGCGAGCCCCGUCCCGGCGCUCCGCCCGCCGCGGAACGCCCCGCCUGACGCGAGAGGCGGCCUCGCUCCGGCACGGGGCUCCUGCCGGGCGCCGCCAGACUACGUCUCCCAUGGCGCAGCGCGGUGCGGGCGCGCUUCCGGCUGGGCGCGGGGCCGACGGCGGGACCGGGCCGGCGGGACCAUGAGCCGCAGGUGCGCGGUGCAGCGCAAGGUGCCGUGUUUGUUCGUGACCGAGGUGAAGGAGGAGCCGUCGGCCAAGCGGGAGCGCCAGCCAUUUAAAGUUUUGGCAACUGAAACCCUAAAUGAAAAGGCAUUAGAAGCAGAUAUAUACAAUGCAAUUCCUACUGAAAAGGUGGACGGAACCUGCUGUUACGUAACUACCUACAAAGGGCAACCAUACCUAUGGGCCAGGCUGGACCGAAGACCCAACAAACAAGCUGAAAAAAGGUUCAAACGAUUCUUAUAUUCAGUGGAAGAUUGUAAAGAAUUUAUUUGGAAUGUUGAAGAGGAUUUCAAGCCUGUGCCAGAUACCUGGAUCCCAGCCAAGGAAAUAGAGUUCUCUAAUGGCAAUCCUUUGCCUGAUGAAAAUGGACAUAUGCCAGGUUGGGUGCCUGUGGAGAAAAACAGCAAGCAGUAUUGCUGGCACUCAUCUGUUGUAAAUUAUGAGGCUGAAGUGGCACUUGUAUUGAAACACCAUGCUGACCCUGGGCUUUUGGAAAUUAGACCAGUAUCACUGUCAGAACUUGUAGAACAAACACUGGAGCUUAUUGGGACAAAUAUUAAUGCGAAUCCGUAUGGAUUGGGAAGCAAAAAGCAACCUAUACAUCUUCUCGUACCACAUGGAGCAUUUGAAAUAAAGAAUCCACCUACUUUGAAACAAAAUGACAUAGUGUCAUGGUUUGAAGGCUGCAGUGAGGGUAAAGUUGAAGGAAUUGUUUGGCACUGCCGUGAUGGAUGUUUAAUCAAGGGCUGAUAUCCUGAAACAGACAGUUGUUUUCUGGCAGCCGGGACCCCAAGGCAAGUGGAGUAAGCAGGAGGGUUUCAAUGAAUGACCGAAGUCUUACAAGCAGUAUUUGAGGUUUAUAAAGCAUGAAAUACUCAUCUUCUUGGAAAGGGAAAUCUUGCAAAGAUUCCAGCCUCUUGCUCAAAGUAAUUUUUAGUAAUACUUCUUCAUAAAUAUCUUAGGUAAAUUCUCAAACAUCAGAGUACCUUAAUUUGCUCAGGUUUAUGGUACACUGGCAUUAACAGAACCAUAGAAAUAUUUGGAUUAUAUUGUCAUCUUGCACACAUUAAGUAAAAAUAGUUUUAGGCCCAAACUACACAAAAAUCUUUAUUUUAGGUAUUAUAAAUGAUUACCAGCUGCAGGACCUUUGCUUGUGUACGUGUGUAUGUGGUGCUUAUAGUCUUCUAUCUGGCGUGCUAGUUCUGCUUUUUCUUCCUUUAAUUGAUUAUUAGUUAAUCUGGAAUAUAAAACAAUUUUAUAAUAAUUCAAUAUAUAUCCUCAUGUUUUGGAAUAUGUAAUGUGUAAUUAAAAAGUGCAGUGGCUUUUUGUUGAUCAUUCUCAUUUCAUAUAUGUUGGCUGAGGAAUACAAUACCGUAAAAGCUGAAGCUCCCUGAUGAGGCCUUGCUCUGUUCUUGCACCUUCAGGAAAGUGGUUGAGAAGCUCAAUCUUGAAAGAAAUGAUUAAAAAAAAAGUCUUGAAAACAGUAUCCACAGAUACUGCAUUUCACAUGGAGUUAGUUACUUCUCUUUCACAUAGUUUAGUAAAAUGAAAGAAAAUAAUACUAAUAUACUAAUGGUGUAAUGAAGUACUAGGUGAUCACAAGGGGUGGAAAAAAAAAAGUAAUAACCUACAACCAGUUUUUGCAAAGUUUCUAAUUAUCUACAGUCCUCUUAAAGAGAGGAUGUGCUCCAUAUUUCAUGAAGGGUGGAAAAGAAGUAUUGAAAAGAUAGAUUGAAAAGAAAGUUAGGAACAUAAAUUGAGGCAUCAGAAUGAUGUAUAGAUAUGCUUACAAAAUUGAUACACAUUAAAGGUAGUGGCAUGUUUGUAUGAAUACCUAGGUGUCCAAGUUUCUUUCUCCGUGUGACGUGAAAUUUAAGUAACUUUGCAAUUAAAACCCGAAUUAAUGUACAUUGACUGGAAAUGACCUGUAGUCAUAAACUAGAAGCAGAGAGAGAGUUAGCCUGUAGAUGUACCUUUCAGUAGAAAAGAUACAAGAGCAAAAAUUUUAAAUCUCUUAAAUUAGAUUUUUUUUCAAUACAGUGAUUAUUUGUGAAUUCUCCUUAGGCUACUGUUAGGUACAAAUUUUGGUUCUGUUAUUGCCUAAAAUUCUUUGACAAUAGAUCUGUUUCUUUGAAAUGGAGCGAACCUUGACCACAUCCUUUCAUCUGCAUUUGAGACAAAACAAACCUGAAAUUGUGUUGCCUCAGAGAAAUGUCACAUAACAAAAGAAUUUUUCUCUUAAUUUUGCUAUCGGUAAGCAAGAUCCAGCAGUUCAGGUGAGGCUUAUUCAUGUUAAUAGUGCUGACUUUAAACCAAAAAGAGAAAAGCAAACAUAAGCAAAGCUUGAAGUAAUUGUUUUACAAAACUCCAUCCUAUGUUCUUUUUCUAUUUAUUGAACACAUUUACUUGGUUAGAUAAUAUGACUUCUGUGCAUUCCGCACUUUACUCUGAGAAGCACCAGUGCAAGAUGUCCAGGGAAGAAAACCAUGCACUUCUUAGUAAACAAGAAGAUGGAAGCUAAUCUAGGUGGUACACAGACAUAGGGCUACAUCUCUGGCAUACCUGAAGCUCAAAAUCCAAUCCAUCUUUUCAAAUGUACCUUAGUUAAAUUCAAUAACUUAUCCAUGUAUGAACUGUAUUUGUAAAGACUUACUAUAAGGACUAUAUAAUAUGAUGCCAUAUUGGAAAGAGACACAAAAAUCCCCUUUAAGAUGGAAAAGUCUGUCCCCCAAAAAGACCUGAAGAAAGAAGGUGUAGGAAAAGUACUUUGCUGAACAAGCUAGAAUGAUUUUAAGACAAUAUGAAGUAUCUAUACUUACAGCCUUUCAAAUGAUCAAUGCAACUGUAAUUGAAAAAUACAGAGAAAUACUACUUCCCCUAAGGGAAGGCAUCUGUAUGUAUUCAUCAGUGGUAAACCUUAUUAAUCAGCAAAAAUAUCUAAAUGUACAAUUAUGGCAACUAAAAUUGAAAAUAAUUAAAAACAAUGAUUCGAGAAGAAUAAACUCUGUCAGUACGGACAUUAGAAGAAAAUUAAUCAAAUCUGUUCUUAGAGUCAUCUGGCUUAGAUUUUUACUCACUUGUUCUUUUAGAUCCUGUAAGUUUUUAUCAGCGUUGUGUUCACGUUCUGUUGCCUCCUGAAGUAGCCGUUUAAGGUCAGUAAUGCUUUGGGUUUUUUUAGCAAUAUCCAUUUCCAAUUCCUUUAUCUUUGUUUCAUGCAUCCUGGUAAUAGGAUUAUUAUUAUUAUUUAAAGAGAAAAAGAUAAGAGGAAAAGCUAUCAUCUUUACAAAAAUAGAAAUCAAAAUAUUCUCAAAGCAGAUGACAUCAUAAAAGACACCCUAAAAUAUGCUUGGAGCAGAGGCCUUUAAAUAAUCACUGAUCUUAUUAAAUAAGUGAGCUGAAUUAAGCAUAAUUAAACAUUUUUGUAUUAUUUUAGAAUAAAGGUUCUUCCAAAUGUUCCACCACUGCUGACCUUACUUUGUGUGUGUACUUUAACAAGGAGUUACUGGCAUCCUCUAUGGUUUUGCACAUAUACACCAGGCUAUUUCUUGCUAAACCAUGCAUGUCUUUUACUGCACUCUGUUGGAUGAUGCAGUGUUUAGGUCUUAACUUUGUGAUUUAACAAUUUAUGGAAAAGAAAUCAAUGUAGUAAGAAAAUGCUUAAUACAGAUGCAGGAGAUGCAGACUCCCAGCAAAUAAAAGUGUUCUACAAGAAAUGAUGUUUUGCCUGGAGUCUGAGGAGGAAUCCAUUUUGCUUUGAGUCAGCUACAAAAGUAGAAACACGGGAACAUUGGUUGCAAGACAUGCUAGAGGUAUUUAAUCCAAUCUUCCUGCUGAAGAGGCUCUUCAGAUAUGGACUCUAACCUCUUCCUCCAUGCCAAACAGUAAAAUCCCAAGGAUCAUGUAGAUGAUGCCAAACCAAGGACUUUUUAUUACCAUGUUCCUGAUUUGGAAAAUAUGUUGGUGAGGUGGACUACAUGAUAAAGUGCUCCAGUGAGCUUCUUUUUGUUAGGCUGAUAUUAUUUAUUUACUUCAAAAUGUUGUUAAUCUUAAACCAUGUUAAAGCAAAUAAAAGUUUUUAUUCACACCAUU